AUGUCUGAGAAAGGAGCGCUUCUGAAAACCGACGAAUUAGGAACAAACUAUGGGGAUUUAUUUAAUCCCGACGAGGAAGCAGUUGAACCCAAGUCACAGGAAAGCAAGCAAGCCAGCCAGACGACAUCUUGGUUCAACAUGAUUCGCGAGGCUGUUGCUAUCAACCAAAACCUCCUCGUCUACAAGGUUUUUUAUUUCUUUUAUUUUGCCGCGCUUGGCAGCCUCGUACCAUAUUUAUCACUUUAUUUUAAGCACUCGCUUUUGCUGCCAGCUCAUUUUGUGGGCAUCAUACUGGCAGUGAAGCCUCUUUGCCUGUUUGUGAGUGCGCCAAUUCUUGGAACCAUCGCAGACAAGUACAACAAGGUCAGAACAGUGUUACUAAUCGCGCUAUUCAGUUACAUUGUCAUGAAUCUCCUUGUUGCUGUGGUUCCUCCUGUGAGCAUAGAUUGCCUCAGCGAAGUCCACGAUAAACUGAACAUUUCGCACCCAAACGACACCAUUCAUCGUCUCCAUGGCAUCACGAAAGAAAAUCACGUAGAAGCAGGUAACAUUACCUCAAUCGGAAACACUGAGAUGUGGCAAGAAGCCUGGCUUUUCGAUCUUUACACCGAAAUGGAUCCGAAGAUUUACAAGAAUGCUAAAGUAGUGUUUCUUGUUAUCUUGAUAAUCACCAUAGUUGGUGAACUUCUUGGUGCCACGUCUAACACGCUCGCGGAUGUGGCUACAUUUCAAAACUUGGACAACCGUCCGCAGUACUACGGAGAGCAACGUUUGUGGGGGGAAGUCGGCUUGGGAGUAUCAGCUUUCAUUACAGGCUGUGUUGUACAGGGGCAGUACAAAAAACAGGUGGAUAUUUGUCCAGAAGACGUGUUUGACAUUUACCGACCUUUCUUUUACGUGAAUGCUAUUCUCAUGGCAGUCGCUCUGUUUGUGUCGACCCGCUUUAACUUUCAAGAUUCAGACAAGUAUGUGAAUGAGAAAAUUGCCCUGUUUAAAGGCCUACAGAUAUUCGGCAAAAUUGAGUAUUUGAUCUUCGCCAUGAUUGCUCUUUUCCUUGGGGCCGCCUUAGGAUCAGCGGAAACUUUCCUGUUUGUUCACUUGGUAGAGCUUGGCGCCUCGCCGUCCUUAUUCAGUGCACUGGUCGCCGUGCAUUGUAUCUCAAAUGUUGCAAUGUAUUACGGCUCUAUAUACUUCCUUGAAAGCAUCGGCCAUAUGAAGAUGCUCACACUUGGGCUGUUGAUUUAUGCGUUGAGGUUUUACUACUUUUCCGCCAUUGAGAAUCCUUGGCUGGUGUUACCGAUUGAAUUUCUCCGUGGGCUGUGCUCGGCGUCUGUAUGGUGUGCUCUGGCGUCCUAUGUGGGCACUCCUCCCCGUGUUGGUGCUACACUGCAAGGUAUUUUACACGGCCUGUACUACGGUCUUGGCAGAGGGCUCGGUCAGCUGAUAGGAGGAAUUUUGAUUCGCAGAUUUGGUACGGAUCCGUAUUUUCGCUACUUUGCUCUCAUUGACUUUCUAGUGAUGAUCAUUGUGGCGCUGCUGAUUCCUUACUUGGGUCCGCGAGGUACAAUAUGGAUGACUUUAUCGGGUUAUUCCCCACUUCGCGCGCAAGAAGUCGAUUGUUGUCCCAAAAUCUACAGACUACCUUGCAUGCAGAAGAAGAACUCAGACCAAGAGGAAUAG